AUGGCAAUCAAAAUAAAGGUUAAGGAUAUUAAAGUUCAUAACUCGUCCAACUAUGUCAAAAGAAGAAAUGGUUUACAAAAGAAAUUACACGAACUCUCAGUGCUGUGUGGAAUUGAUGCUUGCAUCAUAUGUUUCUCAGACGCCUCAUCUUCCUGUGUUUUGGAUAUUUCGCCUCAUGACACAAAUUACUGUCUCUCGCUCUGUGAAAGAUAUCUCGGUCUCGACAAAUCCGAGAGAGAAAAGAAACGCCAGGAUUGUUCUCACUUCUUGUGGGAGAAAAUACAUAGUUUAAAGCAACAGAUUGAAAAAAAGAGGGAGGAAAACAUGGAGGCUAAAUUGGAAGCGAUGGUUUAUGGAUUCUCUGGCCAUCACAGAAAUGACGAAUUAUCUAUCGAUGACAUUCAGAAGCAGCUCUCUGGUCAUAUCGAUGUCUAA